UGUGUCUUCGGCGGGACGGUGCACCGGAGCGGAGAGUCCUUCCAGAGCAGCUGUAAAUACCAGUGCACCUGCUUGGACGGGGCGGUGGGCUGCGUGCCCCUGUGCAGCAUGGACGUCCGCCUGCCCAGCCCCGACUGCCCCUUCCCCCGGAGGGUCAAGCUGCCCGGGAAGUGUUGCGAGGAGUGGGUGUGCGACGCGCCCAAGGACCACACCGUGGUGGGCCCUGCCCUGGCGGCCUACCGACUGGAAGACACGUUUGGCCCAGACCCAACUAUGAUCCGAGCCAACUGUCUGGUCCAGACCACAGAGUGGAGCGCCUGUUCCAAGACCUGUGGGAUGGGCAUCUCCACCCGGGUCACCAAUGACAACACCUUCUGCAGGCUGGAGAAGCAGAGCCGCCUGUGCAUGGUCCGGCCAUGCGAAGCCGACCUGGAAGAGAACAUUAAGAAGGGCAAAAAGUGCAUCCGUACCCCCAAAAUCUCCAAGCCUGUCAAGUUUGAGCUUUCUGGCUGCACCAGUGUGAAGACCUACCGGGCCAAGUUCUGUGGCGUGUGCACCGACGGGCGAUGCUGCACCCCCCACAGAACCACCACCCUGCCCGUGGAGUUCAAGUGCCCCGACGGCGAGGUCAUGAAAAAGAGUAUGAUGUUCAUCAAGACCUGUGCCUGCCAUUACAACUGUCCCGGAGACAAUGACAUCUUUGAGUCACUGUACUACAGGAAGAUGUACGGAGACAUGGCGUGAAGCCAGAGGGCGAGAGACAUUAACUCAUUAGACUGGAACUUGAACUGAUUCCCAUCUCAUUUUUAUGUAAAGAUGAUUUCAGUAGCACAGUUAUUUAAGUCUGUUUUUCUAACUGGGGGAAAAAGAGUCCCACCCAGUUUAAAGCAUUGUGUGCCACAUCAAACGAAUAGCCUAUCAACCCCAGACACUGGUUUGAAGAAAGUUAAGAUUUGACAGUGGAACGACAUGAGCACACAGCACCAGAAUGUAUACUAAGGUGUGACUUUCGGAGAAGUGGGAGGGCACCAGCAGAAAGGCUAUGGCCAUCAGCUGUCCUCUGAAAGCAGCUUUGUGCCUGCUUUGUGUGGCAUCGAGAAGAAAAAUUUUAGCAUGCUCGCUGGCCUGCUUGUAGCUCCAGCGACAGCUAGGAUGUGCGUUCUCCAGCCAUUAUGAGGCCGAGUCAAGUUGUUCUUUAAGUGAGAAUAGCAGAUUCAGCUCUGACGUUCUGAUUCGAAUGACUGUUCAGGAAUCAGAAUCCUGUCUAUUAGACUGGACAGCUUGUGGCAAGUUAAUUUGCCUGUAACAAGCCAGCUUUUUUUUUAUUGAUAUUGUAAAUAUUGUGUGUGUGUGUGUGUGUGUGUGUGUGUGUGUAUAUAUAUAUUUGUACAGUUAUCUAAGUUAAUUUAAAGUUGUUUGUGCCUUUUUGUUUUUGUUUUUAAUGCUUUGAUAUUUCAAUGUUAGCCUCGAUUUCUGAACACCAUAGGUAGAUGUAAAGCUUGUAUGAUAAUUCAAAGCAUGAAAUGGAUACUUUGGAAAUUCUGUUCAGUUAAGAGUAACAGUCCAUCAAAACAGAUUGUUUGCGAAGGUGAGUCAGCAGUGUCCUUGGAAGUCUGAUUUCUAGGUAGGAAAUGUGAUAACCUCACUUUUAAAGAACAAAUGGCCUUUAUUUUAAAAAAUGAGGGGCUCUAUACAACAGAUCAGGUUUUUCACCUGGAAGCAUUUGUCUAUGACUAUGACUGUUUUUUGGACAGUUUAUUUGUUGAGAGUGUGACCAAAAGUUACAUGUUUGCACCUUUCUAGUUGAAAAUAAAGUAUAUAUUUUUUCUAUAAA